AUGCGUCAGCACAUUCCAUUGGCAAAACAGGAGAAACUUCUGGAGUCUUCGGAACCGGUUCUGACGUUUGAUGCACGUGAUGAGGACCGUUUGCAACAUCAGCUCGAUGUAGCCACAUUACAGACUCUUCAAUUGAUCAAAAAACAGCAAACCAAACUCCAGAGGGAACUUCAUACUGUUUCCAAUCACGUCGACAUUCGACUCAAGAAAAUCUUUAGAGGUGGGCAUUUGGACCUGCUGGACGAGGCGGAUUCUCCGCGAUUGUCGACCUUCGCGUCGGGUGCGAGACCGGAAGCGGCCGCGGCCCCCCCUUCGUCCCGGCGCCUGCGCACGCGAAGUUCUCCCCCACCGCGGUGGGAAGGGGGGACAUCCUUCGCGGGAAAGACGAUUUCCUCGCUUUUACGACAUUCCCUCUUUCCCGUGGCUUUCGAGGCGUCCGAAUUCAGCUCCUCCAUUCACUGGGGGGAGGUCGCCUUCACGGAGGCCAGCGUGGCCGCGCUGGGCCCUCGCGCGAAGGUUGAAGGCCCCUCCCGUGGGGCCCUGCCGAACCCCCUUUUGGUUAACGUGGCGUGUUAUAUCCUGAAUGAGGUGCUGAGGAGGGAUUCGAAUAUGUGCGGGCUCUGGGAUCUGCUUCGUGAUACAAUUUUAGAUAGCAUUUAUACCCCCCUCCGCAUCGAUGAUGGGGUUCAAGGUGUCGACAGCCAGACGGGGGAGGAGGGCGGGGGCGCAUUCGUCCCGGCCGCGUCCGACAGCGAUUCGCGCGCGAAGGCGUUGGCCUACCCACUGAGGAAUACCACCUACAAGACGUUUGACUUUUCCAAUUACCGCCUCUGGAUCCAAGAGAUUGUGGCCUUACAACACAGGAAUGAUAUCCCCUGGCAGCGUAUUCAGGUGCUUAAGUCGUUAUUAGGGAAGGCCAUCCAUGUGUUAGAGCUAGGGCAGCGCCGGGUCAAUAAUUCACGGCUGCGGAAGGUGUUGGUGGCGUGGCAUCGCUAUACGAAAGGGGUCCAUGCGUUUCGGCAGGCCGCCUACAUCUCAAUCUCUAAUAGCAUACGGCGCCGUCUAGAGGGGCAGUGUUUCUUGCGUUGGCGUCGCUCCACUUUGCAGGGGAUUCUGGAGAAGCUCUAUCGCUCUCUUUCUGACCACAGACGCGAAUCUCGCCUGAACGAGCAAGCCCACCUCAACACCAUUUACCAGCUCCGUAGCCAGCUCUCCGCGGCGACCGAAUCGAAGCAGUUAGUCCAGGCCGAGAUGGGGGAUCAGCUAUUGGGUGCGAAGGAGAGUCAUAAGUUGGCGGAGAAAGUUCUCCGCGAGGCUUAUAAGCGCUCGGUUAAAUACGCCAAACGGUAUAAAGCGCACGCCAGCCGAUGGGAGCGCCUGGCGAAGACGUUUCGCCCGGCUGAGCUCUGCCCUUCCAUCCCGAAGCCGCUUUCAACGCUUAGUAUCUCCCUUACGCAAUACGAAGACGAUUUGUCGAAAUCGCACCGCGUCUCCGCUUUCCGCAUCGAGCGCGCUCGCCGCGAGCUCUCGAAUUUUUUAUUGUGUUGGGUGAACACGGUGAUGCGCGCGUCCCCGCAAGGGAAGAUGUGGGUUCCAAGGGUGAAUCUUGCGUGCAGUAGUAACCAAGCCCAGAGCGACGGGGCGGUGUGGGGCGACGCCACGAUUAAACCGAAAUUGUUGGAUGAGACCGCCUUGUUAUGUCUGGUGCGUGAGCUACGGCGUCUUCAGGAUCUCAAUGAUCCAAACAAGCAGGAAGGUAGCGACUGCGACGACCCGUUCCGGGGCCCCAAUUUAUUAGACACCGGCGACAUCGCCGAUUCAUUGCAAACCGUCCUGGAGGAGGCUUAUCAAGUGCUCUAUGUGUACACCUCCGAGGGUCUUUACCCUUGUUUGCUCAUGCAUAGCCCGAGCUAUUUUUUUCAACAUCGCGCCAAAGAGACAGGGGUGCAGAGCUUCUCGAAGCAUCGUCAGAACGCGGAGCUGGUGUACAUGUUAUCCAUGCUUUGGCUCCUGGCGGCGCUUUUUACCGGCUACGUGCGCUACCACCACGGGGUCGAGGCCUUCUUGGCCUCCAAAUGGCCGCAUUAUCUUCGCUGUCCAAACGAAAAAAAACUUCGACACUCGUCCCGACAAUCCCUCGGCGUGGCGUCCGUUUCCUCCUUAACGGAGUUCCCCAAUGGCAGCAUCAGCGGCUCCUCAAGGGCUCCCGCCAGGGACGACGACGGGGACGGGCAGGGGGGGACCCCCGACUGCGAAGCCGGGGGCCUUUUAAAGAGGGCCCCCGAACCCGCCUUGGGCUUGGGGGUUUCAAACGCCAUCGAUCCGCUAAUUGCCGGGGUGAAGGCGCUGAAGCGGACCUAUUCUUCCCCCCGUCGGGAUCACACCGGGGCCUACACCUAUGGCGGCGACGAGGUCGUGGAUACGAACUCGGAUAUCGACGUCUACACCGGACGCCAGGACGCGGAUCUGCCCCCGAGCGAUUGGGAGAAGGACAUCGACGGGCUUUUUAACAAUGUCGUGCGCAAUGAGGAGCGGGAAAUGCGAAAGCAGCGGCGGCUGCGCCGGAAAGGCGAGAAAUGUGAGGAGCUGAUUCGGGCGUCAGGGAAUAGCACCCUGCCCUAUGUCAAACUGGAAGGUCUCGAUGGGAGUGAGGGCUCCAACACCAAACCACUCCCUUCUCAAGGGAGGCUUACCCAUAGAGAGCAAGGGAUAACCAUACCUGAUCGCUCAUCCAUAGAGAAAUUUAGCUCUCGCGGGGUGUCGUCAGAGGGCGUUUCGAUGGAUCCCAUAGAUUCCACGCCCCGCGUGGAGAAUGAUUCCGAGAUCUGCAGCAUCAGCAGUAGCGAGAGUGAAGUGCGCUCAGCGUCGGGAGAGUCGUCGAUUAAUACCAACAGCGAAGAAGAGAACGAAGCCAUGUCGCUUGAGGACAACAAGCACCGCAGUAAGAGUUUGUUUGGCGAGCCCCACGACAGCUUCAAUGUGGUUCGACAACGCUUUCUCAGUAAAGUGCCACCACCGAGCUCGGUUUUUAGCGUGCGUAUCGGUAAGAAAACUAAGAAAAAGGAUCCAAAUAACAGUGUUCGGCUCAUGGAAUUUAUGGGAGAGCGCACGGAGGCUCGUCGGCAGGAACGCGCACGGAAAGGGGGAUUGCAUGCCUUUGUCGAGCGCACUUUGAUGGAUCAGGAGCGACGACAGCAAUGGUUGGGGAUGUCCCGUGUCGUUGUCUCGCUUAUUACGCGAUUGGACCUUCUCAAUCUUAACAUCAAGACAAAGACGGGAAAGGUUCAUUCCACCGAGCGAUCGAAUGCGUUUCACGACCGACCAGAAAACAGCCUAAAAUCUCAAUCCAAAGGCGAUUCGGACUCUCGCGUUUCUCUUUCGCAUCGCACAAAGACGAGUUCCAUCAGUCGGAACACGGUCUCAUCACGAUCGAUCCUGAUGAUUCCCCACGAUGGCCUGGUGGACACCGUGGACAAGUCAUCCUAUUCGAAUUCCAAAGACCCGGAGACUCACGACCCCCCGACCCUUGGGAAAUCGUCUCCAACGCAGCAGGGGGCUGAAAAAAAAACACCCCCAAACGCCUCGCGGAGGGGGUUUCAUCGCGCAAACGAGCCCAUACCGAAGAUCCACCCGCAAACAAGGCGUCCUUGCGAAGUGUUUCCAUCAACGACACCACUAGCAGUCGAGGGGAGCGCGUUCGCAAUGCGGUAG